AUGGGAGCUGGCAACGGAGUCGGUGGCCCUGUGGGUGCUCAGGAGAUGCAGGGAGGGGGGGCCGCACCCGCCCAUCAGGGGAACCAGCCGCACGCGACUGAAUACACAUUACAAGGCGAGUCGCUGUCAGAGUCGCAGUCUCGCAGUGUUAUGCGUUUCCUCCAGACCGAAUGGCAUCGACACGAGCGAGAUAGGAACGCCUGGGAGAUCGAGCGCCAGGAGAUGAAAGGGAGGAUAGCUGCUCUCGAAGGCUCAGCCAGACGGGCCGAUGCCACUCAGAAGGCCCUGAAGAGAUACGUCAAUAUCCUCGAGAAGAAGGUUAAAGACCAAGCCAGCGAGCUCAAAAUCGCAUCUUCGUCGUCACAAGAUGCGGACCAUUCCGUGAAGCACCCUCCCAAGCUCGACAGGGCAGCCCUGGUUCAGGAGAAGCUGAAACCGACGAGCGAGCCGCCGAAGGAGUCAAUGGCAGGGUCUGAGGGUUUCUUUGGUGACAGGUUACAGGCUGACGAGGAGCGCGACCGUGAGGAGCUCAGGAACUUCUUGGACCAGUGCCAAUCUGAAUUCUCAUACCUAAUGAUGACACCCGCGAAUCCGAUGCCGCCUCGAGAGUCCCCCCCUUUGCCAUUGAUGGACGACCUCAGAGAAGGAGACUUUGGAUUACCUCUCAACCAACACGACAUCAUGAGGCUAAACCAGAAUGUCAAGGGUCCAGCUCGCCCUGCUCCGAACCACGCGCCUCCCAUGUCGCAAGCCCCCUCCGCCAAUAUGCCUUCCAAGACUCCAGAUCUGCAGUCAGCUCCUAUGAUGAUCCGGUCUACUGAAAACUCCUCGUCAAUGUACUCCCACGAAUGGCCGGCUCCUGGUCCGCCUACGACACGUACUCAAGAGGAAACCCCUUCCAAAGCGAACCACACAAACGAGCUUAGGCAGUCUGAGAAUGCCGGAGGGGCUCUGGAGAAACGAGGCAGCACAGAUACGGAUGGGUGGGAUUUUAGCGAAGGGUCCUUUUCCGACCCAGCGUCUUCCCAGCCUCUACAACCUCUCUCGCACCGUCCGGAUACCGAUGUAUUUCCCACCGCUGAGAGCCUCCCAAAAUCGCCCAACCGCGGCCCCAGCUCCCAUCGAAGAAAAAGCUCAAUGUCGCGCAGAAGAAGUGCGGAACAGGAGCUCUCCCUCAAUGCCAUGGCACAGAAGGCGGACAGUGGAAACUUCAAGCUACGCUAUGGACUGCGCGGUCACCUCGAUGCCGUUCGUACUGUCAUAUUUUCCGGCGGUGGGAGCCCAGGAGAGCCGGAGAUUUGCACUGCAGGCGAUGAUGGUCUUGUGAAACGUUUCCAUAUCCCUCGGGAGAAUCCGAACCACGUGGGUAGUCAUUCAUCCGAUCUUGAUGUACCAGCCGACUUCACUCAUCGUGGACACAGCGGCGCCGUGCUGUGUCUCACGUCUUGGUCGCCCUCGCCCAACUUUUCCACGGGUGGGCGUGCUCAAGGCGACGGUUGGAUCUUUUCUGGCGGUCAGGAUGCGACCAUCCGGGUGUGGGAGCGCGGCCGGGUAGACCCCAAGGCAACACUAGAUGGCCAUACUGACGCUGUCUGGGCCAUCUGCGUGCUUCCUGCCACGCUGGGUGCUAUGUUUGGUCAAUCCAAUCCUUAUGGCAGCCCGGACCGUAUCUUAGUGGUGUCGGGUGCGGCCGAUGGAGCCAUCAAGAUCUGGGCUGUGAGCGCGCCUCCGCAGUUGACAUCCCCCCAGCCAGGGCCAGGAGGACGGCGUGGUACAGGCAGCGGCCGGGUGCGAGGAAACUCGAUGAGCUCUGGCUCACAGUUCCCCAACUCCCCGCAGCCCAGUAUGGCAUCGAACUCACCAUUUAACUCGACUCUUGUUCAUGACAUACGCCGAUCUAAUAGUUCCAAAGCCUCGCCAACAUCUAUCAAACCCCUAUCAGCUACUGGUGAAGCGUUUGUGGUCAGCUUUUCGGAUGCCUCAAUAAUCAUAUUCGAUACCAGAACGGGAGAAGAGAUUGGUUCCAUGGCGAGCCUGGAGACUUAUGAUGGUACCAUGGCUACGAGCGUCAAUGCUGUUGUGGCAACAACGACGAGCCUCGACCAGAGCUCGGGCUCGGGCUCAGGACUCGACGAUGAGGGAAGCGGCCCUACCGGCGGCAGUGGAGGUUCCAGCAGCGGGAUCGAGGGCGUCAUCAUCUCGGGACACGAAGACCGUUUUGUGAGGUUCUUCGACGCCAACAGCGGUCAAUGUACAUACAACAUGCUCGCACACCCAGCGGCAAUCUCGGGUCUAUCCCUCAGCCCGGAUGGGCGGGAGCUCGUAUCGGCUGGCCACGAUGCUAGCCUCCGAUUCUGGUCUCUGGAGAAGCGAACCUGCACCCAGGAGAUCACGAGUCACCGCAUCAUGAGAGGAGAAGGCGUCUGUACGGUAGUCUGGAGUCAUGAUGGUCGGUGGGUUGUCAGUGGUGGCGGCGACGGCAUCGUCAAGGUAUUCGCGCGCUAG